GUUUCGGCAGUGCUCAUGAACUGACGGCAAGGCAAUGUUGACGAUCUUUUUGGAGAAAUUGCCACAUCUUUGAUUCAAAGUCAUGAACUUUCGUUGUAAUUCGCUCCAUAUCAAGACGUAGUUGUAACUACCCAACAGAUACUUCUCAGGAUACUUCUGCUGUGUAGUGUUAAGACUGAAUCGUUAUCGUCUUCAAACCGCUGGGAAACCAAAUUCAAAAUGUCCGCCGAUGAUUUGUGGUCAGCGGGCGAGGCUGACUUCUCAUUGGACGAUUGGCCGGACGAAAUGGUUGACUAUUUCCCCGGCGUCUUCAACAUGCCGAUGGUCAAAUAUUUCGGGGGGAAUGCUCCUGAUGAUAGUCAACUGCCUUACGGGACACACCGUGGGGAAACAUUUCUGAGGCAUAAGUGCACAUUGAAUAUAAACGAGGACGAAUCUAAGCGUAUCCGGAGGACAGGGAUUAUUUGCACCGUCGGUCCAGCAUGUCGCAGUAUCAAGACUCUCGAGCAGAUGAUAAAGGAGGGGAUGAACGUCGCCAGGAUGAACUUCUCCCAUGGAACGCAUGAGUACCACGCCGAGACAAUCGAUAAUGUUCGAAAAGCCGUGGCCAAGUUCCACCGGCCGCACCCUAUUGCCAUUGCAUUGGAUACCAAGGGGCCGGAGAUCAGGACUGGACUCAUUGGAGGGAGCGGCACUGGUGAGAUCGAACUGGUCAAAGGGAACAUUAUCAAAGUCACCACAGACGACAAGUUCGAGGAUCAGUGCAGCGGUACCGUGCUUUGGCUCGACUACAAGAACAUUGUGAAAGUCGUCGAGGUCGGGAACCGAGUCUUCGUCGAUGAUGGCUUGGUUUCGUUAGUUGUCAAGGAAAUAGGUUCCGACUUCCUCAUGUGCGAGAUCGAGAACGGUGGGAAGUUGGGCAGUCGUAAGGGAUGCAACCUGCCGGGCGUUGUGGUAGAUCUCCCUGCAGUAUCUGAGAGGGACAUCAAGGACUUGAAGUUUGGUGUGGAACAGGGGGUCGACAUGGUGUUUGCUUCGUUCAUCCGAACAGCGCAAGCGGUGCAUGAUGUCCGAAAGAUCCUCGGCGACAAGGGAAAGAAUAUUAAAAUCAUCGCCAAGAUUGAGAACCAAGAAGGAGUGGACAACUAUGAUGAGAUCCUUGAAGCUGUUGACGGUAUCAUGGUUGCCCGUGGUGAUCUGGGUAUCGAGAUCCCGGCCGAGAAGGUGUUCCUUGCUCAGAAGAUGAUGAUCGGCAAGGCAAACAAGGCUGGGAAACCUGUCAUUGUUGCAACACAGAUGUUGGAGAGCAUGGUGACUAAACCACGACCGACUCGUGCCGAGACAAGUGACGUGGCCAAUGCUGUUUUGGACGGCGCUGAUUGUGUCAUGUUGUCGGGAGAAACGGCCAAGGGUGACUACCCACUUGAAGCCGUGAAGAUUAUGCACAAGAUUUGCCGAGAGGCUGAGUCAGCCGUGUACCAUAGACAGCUGUUUGAGGAGCUGCGACAAGAGACACCAACUCCCACCGACAUGGCGCACACUAUUGCUAUCGCGGCCGUGGAGGCGUCUAUCAAAUGCCACGCAGCUGCUAUAGUCUGUAUUACCACAACUGGAAGAUCUGCACAUCUAAUGGCCGCCUACCGCCCCCGAUGCCCGGUCUUGGCCAUCACUCGAGUCGCCCAGACUGCCCGACAGGCCCAUCUGUACCGCGGCUUAUUCCCUGUCUACUACAGUGGUCAGUAUAGCAGCAAGGACGAUGAGAAUAUUCCCUUCCCCGGCAUACAGCGUACUGGAGGUCCCAAACUUUACGUCAAAGGCGUGGAGAAUCUGCAAGAUGAAAAAAAAGGGGCGAAUCACGAACCAGGGCUGAAGCCGGAUGGCUCUCGCGUUGACAAUGAACAGGUGGAUGCAGAUGGGGAACCUCGCUCUGACGAGUGGACCGAAGAUAUGGACAGACGUAUCUACUACGCCAUCGAUCUCGGCGAGAAGCGAGGUUUCAUCGCGCCUGGGGACAUGGUUAUCCUCGUCACAGGAUGGAAGGCCGGCGCCGGAUUCACGAACACGCUGCGUGUGAUCGUGGCGCCCGAACCUCACAUGCGGCGCCCGAUCUUGAGCAGCGAUCACCUGCGUGAGAUGGAUACUACGAAUGAGGAUUAAAUCUUACGAUACCCCAUUCGGGCACUAGGCGUCGCUGAUGUGAAAUAUAAGUUUGCAGGCACCAAACGUCUGUGUAGGAUAUUAUCAAUUGUUUAGGAAUCGCACACUUUGAUUGGACAGGCCUUUAGGGGUUGAUGGCGUAUAAUGUUUACGAACACUCGCAGAAGAACUGCUGGAUUGCUUGGAAUGGAGGGUGAUAACAUUUGCUUGGCUCUUUGUGGACUGGUGACAUCUUUUGGCAGGAAUGGGACACAAUUCCUCCCCAAAUAUAUCGGGACGCUUCUUCUCUAAGGACUGUCACUUCCCUGUCUAAUCUGAUGCUACUGUUUAAGUCCUGGCUUUCCAGGAAGGCGAAGUUUAAGAAUCAGUUUAUGUAUUGUUCUGUUUUAUGCUUGGUAGAUAAGUGCAUGGCUCGUCGAGAGGUCGCUGUAAAUGUUGGUGUGUGUAAAUUAUAUACCUUAAAAGUACUAAAUAACAUGUUAAAGGCUGAUGUUGUUCAUGUGUAGUGUUUUUGUUCGUGGCACAUGUAAAAAUAUGUAAACAUUGCCACCAUACCAUAGUAAUCUUGGGUAGUUUGGGAGACCUGACUGAGAGGCUUGUCAUUGUAAUUAAACUGGACCUUCAGGGUGUUGAGAAAGAAUUGGGUAUAUCUAUACUGGCAUUACAGCAAUGCUGAAAUUUAUACUUAACAAGUAUGUUACUACUUUUGUGUACAACAGGCUAGUGAAAUUCUACCUUGAAAUUUUGAUUGGGUUACUUAGGUUAUAAGCUGCGCUGCAUUGUCAUUGAAUCUUAAAACAUCCAAAAUUUACCUGCUCUAUGUCAGGAUCAUUUCUCUUAACUAUCAAAUGUUGCUUUGAUGAAAGGAGAGGUCUAUUUAUCCUACUCCGACUUCAAAUGGCAGCCAUUGUUAUUGGUGCGUCAUUAAAUCACACUUUCCGCUACCCUGGCGGGCAUUUUGGUAGCUAAAGGUAGCACUGGAUCGAUUUCGGCGGCUGCUGUAUCUUUGGCUUCACAAGGUGAUCCCUCAUUAUCUGGCUUGUUUUUGGCGGCUGUUGUAGCUUUGGUACGAAUUGGUGGAGGAGAUAUCGUGACUCCCCAAUCUGCUCUGCGAUCCUUUAUGGCUAGGGUACGAACAAGGGAACGAUCGGUUGAUCCGAUAUCAAGGGGCAUGCGUCGAGUAUUCCGUAUCAUACCUCAAUGCUAUUCAGCCUCAUCUUGGGUCAGACGUUCAGGGAGAAUCAAUUUGGUGAUCCAAUUUCUGGUUGCGGCUAACUGGGUCUACUCUGGCGUCCGAUUCCAGACCAUUAGCGUACUCUUCCAUAUAAGGCUGCGGCUGGGAACGAACAUCGCCGUACUGGGUCCUCGCAUGAUAAGUGGGCAGUGACACCGCAUCCAGAUUUUGAUGAUGAGUUAUAAAACUUCAAAAAAGAUUCAAAGCAACUUCAAAAUAUUUGAGAAGUACAAAUAUCGUACAGGUUUUUGAUUUGACCUAAUUUUCAAGGUUGACUUUGGUUUGACCUAUAUACUAUACAUGUAGCAUGUUUUUUAACGAGGAUGAAUUCCUAACCACCAAAUAUCUAUACAGUGAGCACAAUGGCCCCUGGCCGUUUCAUUUCUCUUAACUAUCCAAUGUUGCUUUGAUGAAAGGAGAGGUCUAUUUAUCCUUCUCCGUCUUCAAAUGGCGGCCAUUGUUAUUGGUGCGUCAUUAAAUCACACUUUCCGCUACCCUGGCGGGCAUUUUGGUAGCUAAAGGUAGCACUGGAUCGAUUUCGGCGGCUGCUGUAUCUUUGGCUUCACAAGGUGAUCCCUCAUUAUCUGGCUUGUUUUUGGCGGCUGUUGUAGCUUUGGUACGAAUUGGUGGAGGAGAUAUCGUGACUCCCCAAUCUGCUCUGCGAUCCUUUAUGGCUAGGGUACGAACAAGGGAACGAUCGGUUGAUCCGAUAUCAAGGGGCAUACGUCGACUCUUCCGUAUCAUACCUCAAUGCUAUUCAGCCUCAUCUUGGGUCAGACGUUCAGGGAGAAUCAAUUUGGUGAUCCAAUUUCUGGUUGCGGCUAACUGGGUCUACUCUGGCGUCCGAUUCCAGACCAUUAGCGUACUCUUCCAUAUAAGGCUGCGGCUGGGAACGAACAUCGCCGUACUGGGUCCUCGCAUGAUAAGUGGGCAGUGACACCGCAUCCAGAUUUUGAUGAUGAGUUAUAAAACUUCAAAAAAGAUUCAAAGCAACUUCAAAAUAUUUGAGAAGUACAAAGACCAAAAGUAUGAGUUAAUAGGCUGUUUAUUACAAAGCAACCAGACAUAUUAUCCGAAAAAAAAAGUUUUGUCGAGAGACUUAUACAACAAUUAAAGAUGGAAAAAUCUCUUUGAAAUUUCUUGUUUACAAAGGGACUGGGUUGUAAUUCUGAUGAGGCAGUUCACUCACCAAUUGCACAAUGAACCCUGAUCAGAGAUAUGAUAGGCCUCACAUGCGUCUCCCAACUACCUCUGCAUAAUUUCAAAACUCAAUGAUCCGCCUUAAUUUGUAAUGAACUCCUAAGUAUUCAGGCUCAGUAUGUGUUGUAUAGUCAAGUUUGUACCAGUUGGCAGAAGCCUUUGAGAGCUGUAACAAUGGCCGCUGCUGACUGGCAAGAAGAGUGAAUUUAUCAACUCAUUUUCAUGUAAUUUUGACUCUUGAUGUCUCAAGAUGCAGUCAGUAUACAUUUACUAUGGUCAAUGUUGAAGAAGAAAUGUAUUACCACUUUACUGUACAACAGGCUAGUGAAAUUUUUCUUUGAAAUUAUGAUUGGGUCACUGUAAAUUGAAGCAUGAUGUCUCAACAAGUAUGUUACGACUUUUGUGUACAACAGGCUAGUGGAAUUCUACCUUGAAAUUUUGAUUGGGUUACUUAGGUUAUAAGCUGCGCUUCAUUGUCAUUGAAUCUUAAAACAUCCAAAAUCAACCUGCUCUAUGUCAGGAUCAUUUCUCUUAACUAUCAAAUGUUGCUUUGAUGAAAGGAGAGGUCUAUUUAUCCUACUCCGUCUUCAAAUGGCAGCCAUUGUUAUUGGUGCGUCAUUAAAUCACACUUUCCGCUACCCUGGCGGGCAUUUUGGUAGCUAAAGGUAGCACUGGAUCGAUUUCGGCGGCUGCUGUAUCUUUGGCUUCACAAGGUGAUCCCUCAUUAUCUGGCUUGUUUUUGGCGGCUGUUGUAGCUUUGGUACGAAUUGGUGGAGGAGAUAUCGUGACUCCCCAAUCUGCUCUGCGAUCCUUUAUGGCUAGGGUACGAACAAGGGAACGAUCGGUUGAUCCGAGAUCAAGGGGCAUGCGUCGAGUAUUCCGUAUCAUACCUCAAUGCUAUUCAGCCUCAUCUUGGGUCAGACGUUCAGGGAGAAUCAAUUUGGUGAUCCAAUUUCUGGUUGCGGCUAACUGGGUCUACUCUGGCGUCCGAUUCCAGACCAUUAGCGUACUCUUCCAUAUAAGGCUGCGGCUGGGAACGAACAUCGCCGUACUGGGUCCUCGCAUGAUAAGUGGGCAGUGACACCGCAUCCAGAUUUUGAUGAUGAGUUAAAAAACUUCAAAAAAGAUUCAAAGCAACUUCAAAAUAAUUGAGAAGUACAAAGACCAAAAGUAUGAGUUAAUGGGCCGUUUAUUACAAAGCAACCAGACAUAUUAUCAUCAAAUAACAAGUUUUGUAGAAAGACUGAAGUAUGAAUUGGGAAAAUAUCUUGGAUAUAUCUUGUUUACAAAGUGACCCAGUUGUAAUUCUGAUGAGGCAGUUCACUCACCAUUGCACAAUGAACUCCAAUCUAAGGCCAAACAUGCGUCUCCAAAGUACUUAUGUAUAAUUUCCAAAGUUGUGCAGGAUCAAAAACUAGUGUAGUGAAACUCAGAAUAGGUCUGGUGAUGUUAUCACAUUCUGAUCAUCGAAUCUCCAUCCUGCAUUGUCUAUUCUAGUCUAGUAGAAUCAAAAGAACCUCGGCCUACUAAAACCCUGUAGAUCCUCUCCCUACCGCCAUGCCACAUUCUUAUAUCUUAGGCCCGUUUACGUGAUACCGAACCAAACUAGACCAGAUGAGAUCACGUCACUUACGACUCCAUGAAUGGCGUUAGUCCUAAAAUGACGCAAGUCUACAUUGAACUAGACCAGAUGAGAUCAUAUUGGUGACUUUCACAUAGCAGACUGGUCUGCAUCCAUCUAGAUUGGUUUGGUCCCCUGCAAAUGGUCCUGAUGUACCUGGGCGCGACCCAGAUCUUGUAACAUAGUGCUAUUGGGUGAUUCUCUCUGUGAUAGAUAGAUGGUGAGCACGUCCUAGAACAUGUAAUUAUCAUAAUCGAUAUAUACAAGUUUCCUUAUUAUGAAUAUCAGUUAUUUGGUUCAGACUAUGUUCCUCAUAUCAAUUGCUUUGUUAAUAGCUGAUCUAUCGGACAGUAGAUGUGUAUAUGAUAGAAUAAAAACAUUGGAAUUAAAGAACUAACUACCAAGGUAACAGGUGGUGGGUGUGGGGGGGGGGGGGGCUGGGCAAUGUUGCAUACCCCCCCUUUUAUGGAGAAAGCCAUGAAUUUGCCAAAAUGUCUAUGAAUUUUACCAUAUGAAUCCCCAGUGUGGAAAAACAUCUUUAAAAUUGAACAGAAAAUCUUUCAAUUCUCGGAAAACGCACCUUCCUGGGGAAAAAACUACAUAUACCUUCCCUCUGCGGCCAAGCUUAUAAACUAGUGUGUGAUUUCAGCAUAGCACAUCUGUCCUUUAAAAGGCUCGCUACUUCUUUGAUGAGAUUUCCCCCUGACUUUGUUCAGAGUACCUGUAUCAUGUUAUUGUAGAAACGUGUUUUUGCCUAUGUUGAAUUUUUGUUAGGAUUUCUUCAGCGAUUUACACCUCAAAUGUGCUAGAAUUAGAAGCAGUUCAUCACACUAACAAGGAAACUACCAUGUGUUGUCCAAAACAACAACAGUUAUGGAUGAGUUAACGUUAUAAUCUGAUGAACUGCUCUUUUGUUUCAUUUUGUGCUAAGUAGCAGAAAGUCCACCAUUGGAUAUUUUCAACUUUAAGGCUACAUCUCUUAGCUGUUUGAAAUGAACUUGGUCUUAAGCCAUCAUAACGUUGUUAUAAUCUGAUGAACUGCUCUUUUAUUUCAUGUUGUGCUAAGUAGCAGAAAGUCCACCAUUGGAUGUUUUCAACUUUAAGGCUACAUCUCUCAGCUGUUUGAAAUGAACUUGGUCUAAAGCAGUCAUAACGUUGUUAUAAUCUGAUGAACUGCUCUUUUAUUUCAUGUUAUGCUAAGUAGCAGAAAGUCCACCAUUGGAUAUUUUCAACUUUAAGGCUACAUCUCUCAGCUGUUUGAAAUGAACUUGGUCUUAAGCCGUCAUAACCCUCAAUGCCAAAACUCUCAUUAUGAAACACAUAUCAACAAACAAUUUUGCUUCCACCUUGAAGUCAUGAAAGCUCUUUGCCAAUUUUAAGAGUUGACCAUAAAGAACUUGAAAUCAGUUACAUGUAGAACUCCUUCAAAAUGAAAUUGAAUGGUGUAUUAAAACCUUAGAGGCUGUUCUCUAGAAGACAAUGAAGGGACUUCACCCUUGAAAUCUGCAUUCUAAUUGCUAUAGGAUUUCAAAUUCUAGCCAAAAUACUGGAACCCAUGGUCUAUGAACUCUGUAAGUUCAAGAAGUUACAGCACAAGUAAACCUUAACAGCACUGAGCCUUUAAGUUUUAAAUUCCUUUGGUCGACGCGAUCACAUUGAUAUUUUUUCCACCUUGUCUCGAAUCAGCUGAAUGCAUUGAUUGUGAUAGAGUUCCAUUCGUUGUUGUAUUUUCCAUGGAAACCUUUGAGGUGUUUCAGCUGAUGUUAGUUGUUAUAGAGACAGUAAUGCCUACAUGAACCAUUAUGUUUUAGGUGAAUUCAUUGUUAAAUAGGCUUGGAGCUUCACUGUUCUGUGCAUACAUUAGAAUAGCAUUCCGCGAUGAUGAGGUCACUGCAGCUGCUGCCCUCUAUUUCCCCAUCAUUGAAUUACAGGCAAUGUCAGACAAACAUGCGGUUUCGUAAUGGAUUCAGGCUUUCUAACUAGGGCAGUUAGAUUCAAUCUGGCACAUGUCCGAGUGUUGGAAAUACUACAUAAUUGUUCUGAAUAUUUCUCUCUCUGACUCUAUGGUAUCAUUCAUGCUAAAAACAAUGCAGGGUCAAAGAUAAUUGACUUUGAAAUAAGCUCAAAUGCGUAGAAAUAAGUGUUGAUGUCCGACUGUCACGUGACUAAAACGUCAUCAAUAUCUUAUGCAAAUGACCUUGUGAGCUAUAGAUAGUAACUUCGCGGAAUGCUAUUGCUCUCAGUAGUGUGUGUAAAUGAUGUACAAGUGGGUUUAAAUAAGAUUUACAAUGUUUGUUACACUUGUCAUGAGCAGAUUUGAGUGGGAACUCUGUUUUUUCACUGUUGUUUACUUUAUCAACUUGAAUCCAGUGUUAAACCAGCCUUGUAGCUCUACAGUUUUGUGCAUACUUCAAAUUGUUGUCAGUUGUAAAUGAUCAGCAGAAGGUUUGACAUAGAAUUCACGAUGUGACAUGUUUGACACUGGCUUGAUAUGGUAUGAUAUGACACGAGUGUAAUAAGUGUCACAUGACCACCUUCAAAAAGUGGUCUUUUCUUGUCAGGUGACAUUUGAAAUGCGACAAAAUAUGAGUGUCACUGUGAACUCUAUGCAAGCCUUGCCUAAAACUAACAGUGGCAUGCUCAUAUCGAUAUCUGAUUCACCAGAAUUGAAUUGACUAGAGUGGGGCUUGAGGUUUUCUGCCGUUGUGUUACAAAGCUUUCAGUUUUCAUUUUUGGCAGUCGUGAAUAAAAUUCAUUUUGUUUCCAAAGCA